AUGAAGCGUCUGCUCACUCAAGUGAAAAUUCGUAUGGGUAUAAAUCCUAUGUAUUCCAAAAAAAUCCGCCAUACUGUGCUGCGGAAUAAAAAACAAGACCGCCUCUGCAGCUUAAUAUUUGAUGAAAUGUCAUUGAGAGCCCACGUGACAUAUAAUGCGUCAAAGGACAGUUUGGAAGGAUUUGAUAAAAGGACCUUCUCGCUACGUGCCUGCAAGCCGCAAGAGACAAACCAAGCAAUAGAUAAUUUCGAGGCGCAAACAUUAGAAGCGUUGCAUGAGACAGAAAACCACUUAUCAUUUUUCAAAGGAAUUUUGCCUUCUUUGGACGGCUUUACGGAAUUACAGACUUUGACAUUCCAAAGCAAAGUUAUAAAUAUCAUUACCGAAAUGCGGUUCGGGGAACAGACUCAAUCAACACCAUUGAGUCACGCGGAUAUCAAACUGGGCAACAGUAUGGAUAUCACACUACACAAAAUGCCCAGUCACCAUCACCAUCGGGGUAUCGAACAGAUGAAUUCGACGCUUCCCGACGCGCCCGUCUCAGCAACACUACAGUUAAUAAUUUUACAGAUAGAUAGAUGA